AGAUAAAUGCGUGUUUCGGGGAUUGUCUGCUGGACGUAAAGAAUCUUCUAGUACUCAAGAACAGACCUUGUUGGACUGUCAGCUCAAGUGUUCUACAACGAAAAAUUGCUUGAUUUUCAUCUACCGAACUGUUACUUCGAUGUGUCAUAUUGUCGAAGAGUUGAGCGGAUCUUGGUUCACGACCUCUGACGAUUUCUAUUUGGGAUUUUCCCUUUGCGGGGCCUAUUACGACAUCACUGGAUUUGACAUCACUCUACACGGCGUGACAACAACGGACAACUUGGCCUGGCUCAUAGAUGGGACGAUCCGCACAGCAAUACAAACCACCACCAUGGACCAACCUUGGGUUCAAAUUGACAUGGGAGAGCAUCGCUACUUGGACGGGGUGACCAUUUUGAAUACACGCUUCUCAUCCACUCACUCCUGGCAGUUGUACCUGACCGAUGUCACAUAUGCUGAUCCGUCAAAUAUUAGCCCCAGGGACUCCAUUGGCAACAAUUUCAUGAAGACCAGUCCCGUGGUGACCACAUGGAAAAUCUCGGGUCCUCGCCAUAGGCGUUACGUGUAUAUCGUAGACACACAAUCAGCGGCAAACUUGGAUAUUGCUGAAAUUGUCCCUCAUUUCACGAACUUGGACCUCUUGCCACCUUUCAAAGACUGUGCGGAAAUUUACCGGUUUGGCAUCCUACACCAAGGAGACUUCGAUAUUCAACCCUUUGGCACCAUGGAUGAAAUCACCAAACGGAGAGUGAAAUGUGAGGAUGGUUGGACCACCAUUCUUAACCGGGAUAAUGUGUCAUUGACAUCCGUUUCGAGCACUACCAAUUUCGAAAAUUAUAAUGUGAUGGGCCCGGAAGAUUUCUGGUUAGGGCUGACCAGAAUUAAAGCGUUGUUCCAAUCCGAACCUUACGAAGUCCGGUUUCAAAUGAAGGAUGUUGAUGGCAUAUUCGCUCAAGCCAGGUAUUCAUCCAUCGAUAUUUCGUCAACGGAGACUUUGGAGUUGGGCGGGUACGUCCCUGUGGGAGGCGUGUCCGAGGCCAUUGAUUCCAUGUACAAGUCCAAUGGCACGAAGCUGACGAAUUCGUGUGCCGAACAUCAAGGCAGCAUAGGUUGGUUUGGCGGAGCUCAAUUAGGCCCGGGCAGUGAAUUUUGCACAGGAGCCAAUCUGUUUGGUGAAAUGGGCGUCACUGAAGCAUCUCGAAAAGUGGUUUAUUGGCAAGGAUUUCGGGGCCUCUUUCAACCCUUGACCAAGCUUAGUAUGCAAAUACGCCCCAAAGAUUUCGAGACGAAACGGAACGUCCCUUUAACCUCUCAGGCUAUUGCUCAAAACCAUUUUGACACAGCCAAGAGAGCCGAAUUUGGAACAAACUUCACCUAUGAAUGUCAAAAAGGGAGACAGAAAUCUUCUAAUCUAACCCUAUCCUGUGAAUGGGAUGGAAAUUGGAAGAGCGAUGGAGAUCUUGCGGCCUUCUCUUGCCCAGUCUCGCAUUGUCUCCAACCACCUCCUUCGCCAAAGCGGCAAUUUCGAGUCUUGGAUUGGGAUGGGGAACCAAUUCCAUUUGGCCAAGUUGUGAAAUAUCGAUGUCCUGGAGCUAUGAAGUUCAAGAGCAACUUCUCCAAGCCAUUCUUUACCCUCACCUGCCAACCAAAUGGAGAAUUUGAUCCUUUUCCAUCCGAUGAAGAAUGCGUGACAACGAGUAUUUGUCCACCUCUACCUGCUCAACCCAACGUUCCCGCCAACUCUCUUUGGGUCGGAGAUGUGAGGCUCAAUCGGCCAGGGUUCUCUGGUUAUGGAGAAUGCUUAUCCCAAGGACACACAACUUACAGUGAACCAGCACCAUCGUCGUCUUUCAUUCUCAGAACGUACCUCCAUAAAAGGUAUUCCGAAACAACUUCGAUAACCAGAGUUCACAUGUUUCUUACUGGACCCAUUGAGGAAGGCUUGUAUACUCUGAACAUCACUACUAAGCAAAAUUUGCAGACAACGGGCGAGUAUAAAAUUGGUCUGAUGCCAAACCAGCUUUUUUGGGAAAAGCGAUUUGACCAGGUUCCUGCUGGGCAAAAGAUGUACUUGGUGACGAACAUAUUAUUUGAAAGAACUGCGGAUGAGUUGCUUUGCAUUUUGGACGUUAGUUACACCAAAGACACAAUGGCAAAUCUUCUGGACCCACAUAGUCGCUCUCAACGAUCUAAAACAUUUGAUCCAGCACAGAGCACACAACUCUUUGACGCUCAAGUUGAAUAUGAAUGCGGAUUUGCCAGAGGAUUCGAUCUGGGAGCAGGUCUCACUAGUCCAAACCUGACUUUGACAUGCCUUGGAACGGGAUCGUGGGACAAGCCUGUUUCUGAUUGCAUUUGGUUGUCUUGCCUGGAUCCACCGGAUAAAAGUGAUUUGGGCUUGGAGAUUGUGGAAUACCAAGGGUUGCCAAUUAACGCAAAUACCACGUACGAUUUCGAUACCACAGUUGAUUAUAAGUGUCAAUCCGGAAAAAAGUUCAAAGCUGAUUUCGACCUAGUUUCCGUUCAAGCCACUUGCAAAGCCGGCAAUGUCUGGAUUGAGCCAGCUGAUUGGGGUGUAUGCGUGGAUACCGCGCUUUGUUCCAAUCCUCCUGAAGCACCUGUGAACGGAAGUGCCUUGAUUCGAUAUUCGGGUUCGAAAUAUGGACCAACUUGUCCCAACCUCUUCACCCAACCAUCUACAUGCUCGAAUGUUGAAGUCCAAAGCAUUUCUCAAAUAAAUGAGGGAGAGAGCAAAUUCGACCUCAAUAUUUUAUCUCAAGGCGCUCAAGUGGCGAAGACUUUUCUUGGGAUGACUUUCACUGCUAAAGACAUUAUUAUUCAGCCGAGUGAAUCAAUCCAAAUCCACCCCACAAAUAGCUCAUCAGUAUUUAUGCUGGAGCUCAAUUUGGCCUUGGAACCUGAUAAGAAUCAAGCAAUAGUACUCAAGGUUAAACAUUCACCACUACAUGGGAAAGUAUGUGUGGAAGAUCUGGUUUGCUACCAAUGCAGCUCUCCAGACCAAUGUUUCUCCCUUAGGGAAACAGAGGUUCAAAGUUUUUUGAACUCGAUGCCCAAGUUUGAAGCUCAAGGCGAAUUCUUGUUUGAAACUGAGAUCGAAUAUUCCUGCCCUACAGGGCGGGGAUUCAAAAAGCCGGAUCAAGAUUUGACCUCUCUGUCGACUUUGACCUCUUGUCAAUGGAAUGGAACUUGGACUGUGGCACACUUGGAUCCAUGUGUUUGGACUCACUGUUUGGAACCUCCUUCACCUCCGGAUUCCACUUUUUUGACCUUGAGCAAUUGGAAUGAAUUGCCAGUUAAUUUGGAAGAAGAAGUACAAUUCCAAUGCCAGCGAGGAAUGAAAUUCGUCAAGGAUAUUGAUCAAAGUUACAACAUUGCCACUUGCAGACCCAAUAACCAGUGGGACAUUCCUGAAUGGGGGCAAUGCGUUGAAACUCAAGUUUGUCCAAUGCCCAGUAAACCACCUCCACAAGGAUCUAUUGUGGUCCAUAACUCUGGUAUGAUGUUUGGCCAUGUCUGUUUGGGAUCGAAUAACUCUUGGGACGCUGUUCCCGGAUCUGGUUGCCAUUCACUGCGCAUUCGAGCGAAUCUUGGCUUGAUGGACAGUGGGUCUGCUCAAUUCGCUCUGGAGUUCACCAACACUCAAGAGCCAGCCUCGACCUUGUUGAGUCUAUUGCAAUUCUCGUCCCCUAUUGAUCCAUCAGCCGUGUCCGUCAGUGGACCAGCCACCAUUGAGCCCACGACCAGUGCAACUACUUUUCUUUUGACGACAGAAAUGGUUUCUCCCACCGUCAAUGGAGGUCAGAGCAAAGUGGAUUUGACAUUCACUUUGGGGUUGAGGGAUCCAGUUCCUUGUCUUUUGGAGAGCUAUUGUACAUCUUGCUUAAACCAAGAUUGUCCUUCAACGGCAGACCUGAUCAAAACAGAAAUGUACCAACAUCAAAACCUGACGAUGUACGGAACCAAGCUCGAGUACACAUGCGCUUUAGGCCAGGAAUUCGAAUCAUCGCCAACUAAAUUUCGCGAGUGUUUAUGGAACAAAACUUGGUCAGGGGAUGACGACCUAAACUGCAUCCGAUUGGGUUGCGUUGAUCCUCCUCAUGCUCCUGAAGGGCACCACGUUAUCUCGUUGCACCAAAAUGGAACCAGUGUUCCAUUUGGGGAGAGCACGUAUUACGUUUGUGAACCCGGAUAUUUCUUCGAGGAGGAUAAAUCUCUGAGGAAUUUCUCACUGAUUUGCUUGCAAGAUGGAACAUGGACCGUUCCAACCACUUGGAAACGUUGCUUUCUUCCCACGGAACGCGUUUGCCCUAAUCCCCACUUACCUUCCGAAAAUCAUAUAUAUGAUUGGAAUCCAGACGCGACUCCGAAGAUUACCGAGGGCUUUACAGUGAAAUACUCUUGUAAAACCGGGAGACGGCUUCAAGGAUUGCAACCCAAUGGGUCGAAAUAUUUAUACGACGAACAACCACUCACCUGUGAAUGGAAUCAAACCUGGUCUCCCAGCCGAAAUAUAGAUCCAUGUGUUUGGCAUGAAUGCAUCAACCCACCGGUCCCUGUGGGUCAUCAAUUGAUUUCUGACCGACCAAUUGGAACAUAUCGAUUUGGAGAGAAGGCUGUUUAUCGAUGCGCCAAAAGUGGAUUAUGGAUGGAAGGAGAUCGUACGAGGACCUUCUUUGAAGCCGAAUGUCUCCCAAAUGGAUCAUUUAACGUUCCAGUUCCGUUUCCUGCUUGUGUAACAACGGUCGACUGCGGAAAUCCUCCUGAGAAAACCAAAGGUGGGACCCGGAUUUGGAAUGGUGAAACGGUCUUUGGAACAGAAGUCAGAUACACGUGCGGGAAACAUGCCAAGUUCGUGAAUCGUCAAACCAACGAAUUAUACCAAGAAGCUAAGAUAUCUUGCCAGUGGAACAAAACUUGGAGCCCAACUCGCUUGGACCCAUGCAUAUGGAGCCAUUGCAAUUACGUUCCAUCGCCUCCAGCCUCAUCAGGACUGAUUUACGAGCCUCAGAAUGGAACGGAAUGGAUUGUGGAGUCCGAGUACACUUCUUAUACACCUCAUAUUCCAGCCAAAGUGAACGUACCGUACAAUUUCGGCUACGGCAAAGUCUUUUACAUAGAGGGACAAAUCGUGGACUUUGCGCUCUUUCAAACCUUCCCGAUAGUGCAAAUACGAGACAAUCUAGGGAACGUGGUUUUUCGAGCUGUAAUUGACCCUGACUAUGGUUUGAUAAGAAUCGCCAGUUCGCUGAAUGAUAAUACCGAAGAAUUCCGACAUGUAAACGUGGAUUAUGGCUUAGAAUUUGACAUGGAAAUAGUUUACAAUGCGGGGGAAUUUGCGUUUGGCAUCACUUUCAACGGAGACGCUCUGGAACCUCUGAAAAUUCCAGACUUCUUGCCCGACCUUGAGUUUUCCACGACCGAAAUGGUCGGUGAUUUAAGAAUCAGUUUCAUGGGUUUCAUACCUCCAGGGUCUGCACCCGCCAUUCCAGUGAAUGCCACACUAGUGUACAGAUGCCCAAAGUAUCAUGUUUUUCAGAAUGGGUGGUACCAGAAACCCAUUGUUCGACUGACUUGCCACAAUAAUGGCAUGGUUCUGGCCCCUGGGAAAUGGCCCCAAUGCGUUUAUCCCGAGUUGGCUCCAACCAUCGUUGACUGUCAAGGCUCUACAUGCAGUAGUAAGUAAUCCAAGGUUUCUACCUGGCUUAGAGGGGACCAAAUAGGUAAAGAAAGGAAUUGAUCCUAUCAAGCAUCAUGGAAUAUGGGCAAGUCCACAGGCUUUUUGUGCUCGAGGGGGUUUGGUUGAAACUGCCAUUAAUAAAAGAAACCUUUCUACCCCAAAUACUUGAACGAUACGUGCUUUGGUAAGUUCUACUAGCUCUAGGGUGCUUUUGAAUAAGUCUUUUCUCUCCCAAUGCAUAUUUUCUAAAAAGAUAUAGCGCAUAAUUCCUGUGUUUUUUCGGCUCUAAUGAAUAAAUAUAAACUCAAAACAUUGACUAUGACUAAUUCAUUUUCGGUUUAUCAUGCAUGGA